AGCUGUUGUGGUCCAUCACUAAUAUAGCAACAGAUUAAGCAGCUGUAGCGGUUGGAGGGAGAAUUGAUAUUUAUUUUUGUUCUUCCCCCGCAAUUAACGAGAUGGCCGGAUCGAAACUUCUGAACCAAAUAGACAGCAUCGACACCAACGAUCUUCUCUUUGUGGAAAGGGAUCUCAACUUUCCCCAAAAGAUCAGUCUUUGUUUCCUCCUGUAUGGCGAUGACCACUCGAGUGCCACGUACAUUCUCCAGAAGCUGCUGGCUUUGGCUCCGGUAGCUUGGCAGCCGAGUGAUCUUCUGCUGCAAUAUUCAAAGUCCGGUCCAGACACCUGGCGGAGGCAUCUCGUGGAGGCGCUUUGCAUUAUCGGUGCCCGGCAAGUGAUCCGCCGUUUGGGCCUCCGCUGGUCGGAGCUCCGUCUGCACUAUCUGCCCCACAUCGGUGGCCUGACCCUGCACAUACACCCGCUGCUGAAGAGUCUCUACACGAUUUGCGAGCAAAUGACGGUGGCCCAGAGCGGUCGGCUAGUCCUGGACGUCGGCGAGAAGGUGGCGCGACAGCAGGAGGGCGCUGGCGAUCCUAUGCACUUCAAUGAUCCCGCCUACCUGGAAAUAUAUCUGUUGGACUGGCUGACGCGGAAAGCGAUCAAGCUGGGCGACAUCAAUACCAACGGCAGCGAUGUCCAGCUGCUGAUCGAGCACCUGAAGUUCAAUGAUCUGCAGGAGCAGGCCAAACUCCUGAUCGACACGAUCAACAGCAAUGCCCGGGAUGAGCCGGCAACCUCAAGGACCGCCAGCCCACCACGGACGACCGUGAAGCAGGAAACCCUGACGGACAGUCAGCGGAAUUCCGCAUCCGCAUCCACCUUCGUGCCACGAAAUGGCGUUCAGCUGAGUCGGGACAACGCCGGCAUCUGUCUAAUCAUUAAUCAAAGGAAAUUCCACCGUAAUGUUGACGAUAAUCUUAAGAAAUACCUAUCUCCCAAGCCACUAGCCCAACGCCUGGGCACGGAUGUGGACGAGCAGUCGCUGAGAAAGGUCUUCUCCGCGAUGGGCUAUAAGGUGGAGUCGCACCACAACAUCGAUCACAUGGAAAUGGUCCAUCUAAUGCGCAGUGCCACCGAGCGAUCCCUGCUCAACGAUUCGAUUGUGGUGUGUAUCCUAAGUCACGGCUUCGAGGGAGCUGUCUACGGAGCGAAUAGCAUCGCCCUGAGUAUCCCAGAGAUCGAGAAUGUCCUGUGCAGCGAAGCGAACGUGUACGACAAGCACAAGCUGCUGAUCAUACAGGCGUGCCAGGACAACAACCGGAGGCAGCAAGGAAUGCCGUUCAAGUUAGAUGCCACCACGAGUGAGCCGGGCCAGCAUAUGCAUAUGGUGCGAGUGAUGCCAGUAUCCGGAUUCCCAGCCCUGCGACACACCCAUACGGGCAGCUGGUUCAUCCAGUGCCUGUGCGAGGCUCUAGUUCAACAUUCCGACAGCAAACACUUUGUUGACAUUCUGACCAUCGUCACCCAUGAAGUGGCGAAGAAACGUGGCGACAACAACGAAUCCAUGCUCCUUAGCUCCAACAUAUGCUUGGUGCAGAACUUCUACCUGCCGCCAAGGAUCUCACCAUCGUAGUGCAAUUACCAAUUCUGUGAAUUUGACCCUUAAAGUGCUUUCUAUACAAAAUUUAUUCUCUAAACCUUAAAUUCUUGUUUGGUUAAUGAUCUUGUGACCAUUUGGCGUAAAACAGAUUUAUUUUCGAUUACUUCGCAGUAGAUUAUCUAAGAACAACUUAUAAUAUACUUUUAAAAUUAAUUAAAGGAUCUGGUUAUUUUUUCGA